CAAAUGUUUUGAUUACUAUACCAACGGUCAGGAUUGGCCAUGCCUGCAAGCAGCUUUGUGAGUGGUGGGACACGCAAUCAAAGUUUCAACUCUUCCAAUUCAUCGCAUUCUAAACGUUCUAAAACGCUAUCGUAUCGUACAAUAAGUAGACAUUCCAACGUUGAUGAAAACUUAUUUGGAGUCCCCUCUUAUGUGCAAAAACAACAGAGCAAUCUAACGGAUCAGAAUAAUGUUGAUGUGAAAGCAUCUGAUAACAAGGCAAAAGUAUUUGGACCAGGUUUAUUACGGGAAGACUAUGAGCGAGAGAAAGAAAACCAUCAAAGAAAAAAAAUAAAACAUCUUACAUCCGAUUUAAUCCGCGAUAUCAUAAUACCUUCAGAUGACGUUAACAUAAAGACUAUUGUCAUACGGCCCGAAAGAUAUAAAGAUCUUUUAGAGAGGGCUAAAAUAUUGACAGAUAAGGAAGAACGAGAUGCUAAUGAAAAAGAAAAGUCUAGGCGCGCAGCAUUACUGGAAGAAGUGGAGCAACGUAAACAGAAAAUGCGUGAAUUUGAUUUGAAUCGUGUGCGCAAUGAACGGCUUACAGAUUUGGAGGAAGAAGCAAAGAAACAAGCGGAAAGUUUGCUACAAAAAGCUUUGGAACAACGACAAGAUCAAGAAGAUGAGAUAAAAGCACUAAAUGAAUGGAUAUUAAAUGCUAAAAUACAAGCUAUAAGAGAUGAACAAAUUUUAGAAAAAGAGUUAAUUAAAAAAGAAAUGGCUGAAGAGGAACUACGCUUGGAUAAUAUGAUGGAGUUAGAAAGACAAAAUGCUAUACACAUACAGGAAGAGAUAGAUAAGAAACGUAAAGAGCAGGAAAAACUUGGAGCUUGUAGAGUUUUAGAACAAAUCGAAGAGAAUAAACUAGAUCGGUUGAUGGAAUUAGAACGAAUUGAACAGGAGAGUAUUUUAGAAACACAAAGAAUAGCUGAUCAGAAUAUGAAAGAGAUUGCUGAAAGAGAGAAGAAAAAACAAAUUCAAGAGAAAAUUAAAAUAGAAUUAGAUAUAGCUAAUGAGGAAUUAAGAAAACGACGAGAGGUUGAAAAGGAAAAAGAUCGUCUACUGAAUUUGAAGAUAAAGCAGAUUCAAGAUGAAAAAGCGGAACGUGAAGCUGCUUAUGAAGCUGAACAAUUGCGUAUUAAACGUGAGAAAGAACUAGAAAUUGCACGUUUACGUGCAUUACAAGAAAGAGCAUCAGAUGAGGCUGCAGAACGUGAUGCGUUGAGAGCUAAGCGUGCAGCCGAAGCCAAUGAAAGAGAAUGGAGACGUAAAGAAUUAUUAGCUGAGAAGAAGAAAAUUGAAACAGAAAAUGAAUUGAAAUUAGCUAGAGCAGCACAAGCUGAAGACAAAAAGCGUCAUUUAGCAAUUGAAGCUGCUCGUGAAAGACAUGAAUUCGAAAGAAUUUUAAAAUGUCAACAAGAACUUAUAGAAAAUGAUAAACGCGCUGAGUACGAAGCUAAACAGAAAAGUAUUCAAAAUUUGAAAGAUCUUCGUCAUCAAAUAUGUGAAAGAGAAAAAGAACGCAUUGCAGAAAGAAAAGCUAUAUUUGAAGAAGGUCAAAGAGCAACUGAAGAAGAAAGAUUAAGACGCCUACGUUUAAAUGAAACAAAAUCACGCAAAUUAAAAGAAUUAAAGGAGACUGGUAUACCGGAUAAAUACCUUUCACAAGUCGAAAGAAAAGUUUCACGGUUCGGUAAUUUUUGAUAAAAUGCUUUUUAUAAAAUAAAUAAACAAACGAAAACUGUCACCUAUUGAAUUGCAACCUUAAUUACUUGAAAAAGAAGAAAAACAGAAUAAUUAUAAUGAAAAGUGACAAAUUAUACAUACAUAGGAGAGAAGUUUCUUCAGAGAUGAUAAACUUGUAUUCAGUAAACAUUAAUUCUGCAGGUUGAAAUAUUUGUUGAUAAUCUAUUUUACUAUGGUUUCAAAAAACAAAUUCCAAUAAUUCUUGUCAAUAUUAAAAGAUUAAUUCGUUUAUGCCUUUUUUUCCCUGCUAAUUGUUGCAUACAGUCUUUCAAUUAAUUUAUGAUUAGUUCGUUAAAUAAA